UGCCACAUCCAUUGACUUACCUUUGCUUGUGGGUUGCUCGGUUCAGUCAGGCAGCCAGCCACCGUUCACCCAUGGAAACUCCGCCCCAUAAUCCCAUCUCGCCCCCCUCCCCACCUCCGGUGACCGAUGGCUCGCCGGCGCCCUAUGCUGGAGCCGACGGAGACGAGGCGGCGGGGGGAUUCGACGGGAGCCUUGAGUCCAUGUUGGAGCGCAUCUUCGGCCCCCCGGAGCUGGAGCCGUGGUCGCCGCCCAGGGAAUUCGACUUCGCCGCCGAGUUCGCCGCCGUCGCCGCCACAGACCCCGACCCCCUGGAGGACCUCGGAGGAGGGCCCUGGGACGCUGCCCCGUGGAUGUCAACGGGGCUCGUCGCCUGCGAGGGCGCAGCGGCGACGACCCGGGCGCCAUCCCCACCCACCGCGGCCCCGGGCUUCGCCCCCGCCCCCACCCCCGCGUUUGAUUCCUCGGAAGGCGCUCCGGAGGUGAGGUCGCUGGAUCAUCUCGAUAAUUAUUCACCUAUGCCGGAAUCUCCGUCUACGCCGGUUGCUGUAGACAUGCGAGAAAAGCUCGUGUUCGUCUCCGACUCCGCGCCGGUGCUGGAGUCUUCGCCGUCACCACCAGUCGCUUGCCCGGACUUAUCCACCACUGAGCCGAUGAAAGAGACCACCAAUGCUGCACCAGAAAGGAGCGACCUCCCUUUGCCCAACAGGGUGGAGCAAAGCACCUCCAGUCUCAGCAAUCAAGUGGUGCUAGCUUUACAGACGCCGCAAGUGGUCAGAGAGAUGCCCCAAGAGGUAGAAGGGAAAUCUUCUAGGCCUCUUAAGGCAAAGAGGGUGCGGGGAUCGACAGAUAAAUGCUUGCCAAAUUUGAAGAGGGCAAAGAAAAAUAGUGGCUCAAUCGGCAGAUUGCCAAAUGUCACAACGAUGCCAGAUCCGGGAAAUACUCACGAAGUCAUCUUGGAUAAGCACUUGACUGAUUCAGAGAUGGUUGAAAGUGAUGAUGGAUCCUGUUUCUUUGUGGGGGAGGCAGUGCUAGAGGAGGAGGCUAAGCAGAGGUGGCCUCACCGAUACAAGAAGAAUCACCACUUUGUGGAGAAGUUUCUCUCUUUGAAGGAUAAGAGGAGUGGUAACCAACCGUUUGCCAAUGCUGGCAAUGAUGUAUUGGAUGUUAAAUGUCACUAUUUGCAAGCUAGUGUAUCUGGAUCUACUUUAUGCGUUGGAGAUUGUGCAUUUGUGAAGGGUCCAGAAGGAAGACCAAAUUACAUAAGCAGGAUACUAGAGUUUUUUGAAACUGUUGCUGGUGAAUGUUACUGCAGAGUGCAAUGGUUUUUCAGAGCUGAAGAUACGGUGAUGGAAGACCAAGCACAGUCUAAUGACCCUAGGAGGCUCUUUUACUCAGAUCUUCAGGACGACUAUUCACUAGACUGUAUUGUCUCCAAACUUACAAUUGUGCAAGUUCCUCCUUGCGUUGAUAAAGAGUCCAAGUCAAUUCCUUCAUCCCAAUAUUACUAUGACAUGAAGUACUCACUGGACUACAGUACAUUCUCUACCUUGGAAAUGGAAGAUACAAAUGCCAUAUUGCAAUCAAGUCAUGCAAGUAGUAUCGAAAUGAAAAAGGUAGACUUCAGUAAGAAACAAAAGUCUCCUGUACCAAAUAAGAAGGAUCUCUCUUUGUUAGAUCUGUACUGUGGUUGUGGUGGAAUGUCAACUGGACUUUGUCUUGGGGCUCAUGGUGCUGGUGUGAAUCUUGUGAAGAAAUGGGCUGUUGAUGAUGAUCUGGUUGCAUGCGAAAGCUACAGACUGAAUCAUCCAGAAACUCGGGUCCGGAACGAAACUACCAAUGAUUUCCUUCUGUUGCUGAAAGAAUGGCAAAAGUUAUGCAAAAAAUAUGUGGAGCAAAGUGAAGUAAAGGACCAUGCUGACGGAUUAACAGAAACCAUUAAUGAAAUUCCAGAUGAUUCUGUGGACCCUACUGAAGAGCUUGAAGUAUGGAAGCUAGUUGAUAUUUGCUUUGGUGAUCCCAAUGGUAUCGAGAAUCACUGCUUACAUUUUAAGGUCCGUUGGAAGGGUUAUGGCCGUAAUGAUGACACCUGGGAGCCAAUUGAUGGAUUAGGGAACUGCAAUGAGGCAAUUAGGGAUUUUGUUAUUGAAGGUCAUAAGCGGAAGAUACUACCACUUCCUGGUGAUGUCGAUGUUGUAUGUGGAGGUCCACCAUGCCAAGGUAUUAGUGGCUACAACCGGAAUAGAGAAUUCGAUGCCCAAUUUAAGUGUGAGGAAAACAAGGAGAUCAUUUUCUUUAUGGAUGUCAUGCAAUUCUUGAAGCCAAAAUACGUCUACAUGGAAAACGUCCUUGAUAUAUUGAAGUUUGCUGAUGCAACACUUGCAAGAUAUGCUUUAAGUCGCCUAGUUGCUAUGCGUUACCAAGCCAAACUAGGGAUCAUGGCUGCUGGAUGUUAUGGCGUUCCACAAUUUCGGAUGCGUGUGUUUUUAUUGGGCUGUCAUCCUGAGGAGAAAUUGCCCCCAUUUCCUCUGCCUACACAUGAAGCAAUUCGUAAAAAUGGUUGCCCCUUGGCUUUUGAGCGUAAUUUGGUUGGGUGGUCGGAUGGCACGACAGUGCAACUAGCGAAGCCGAUUGUCCUUGAAGACAUUCUUUCAGAUCUUCCAGAAGUGGGAAACGAGGAAAGUCGUGAUGAAAUGCCAUAUGUAAAAGACCCUCAAACGGAAUUCCAAAGAUACAUUCGGGCAUUUAAUUCUGAAGUGCGAGGUCCGAAAUCUCGUGCCGCAAAAUCUAAGUCAAGAAAAGCUAAGCCAAAAUUGUAUGACCAUCGGCCGUUUGUGCUGGAUAAUGAUAACUACUUAAGGGUAUUGCAAAUUCCCAAGAAAAAGGGAGCUAAUUUUAGAGACCUUCCUGGAGUCGUAGUUGGUCCUGACAACGUAGCUAAAUUAGAUCCAACAAAGGAAAGAAUACUUUUACCAUCUGGUAAUCCCUUGGUGCUUGAUUGUAUACUAAAAUAUGAGGAUGGUAAAUCCUUAAGACCUUUUGGUCGAUUAUGGUGGGAUGAGGUGGUGGGAACUGUGGUCACAUGUCCAAAUGCUCAUACGCAGGCCUUUAUACAUCCUGCACAGGACAGACUGCUCACUAUUCGUGAAAGUGCUCGAUUGCAAGGUUUUCCUGAUAGCUACAGGUUUCAUGGAGAAGUCAAAGAAAGGUAUUGCCAGAUUGAAAAUGCUGUGGCCGUACCCGUUGGCCGUGCACUUGGGUAUGCCCUGGCCAUGGCCUAUCUGAACAAGACUGGCAGUGAUCCCCUCAUGGUGCUACCACCUAAGUUUGCAUUCUCACAAAACAUAGAAGGUACUCUUUAGUCAGAAUGGCAAAACCUAACGGUUGACUUGUUCCCCCUCAUCGUCACAAAGUUUGCCACCUCUGUUCAUUCUCUGCUAGAAAAGCUGGGUUGAUGCUGCGACUCAUGGUCGUGAAUAUCAGAGGAUAUAACCAUUUUAGCCUUGAUUCUUUGCAUUGCCAUGUUGUACCUUGUAACAUCUUGACUAGUUCCUUAGAAGUUUCCAAAGAGGGGUGUAAUGUGAGUAGCUCAGUUUCUCCUGGGAGAACCUUGUGUUGUACCGUGAAAGAAUGUGUAUCAUAUCUUGUAUCAUCAGUUUCUUAGAAGCUCACAUAGGGUGGUGUAGGUGGCUCCAGUGAAGUUUCUCGCUGAUAGAUCAUUUGUUUUGUUGUAUCAUCGGUCAGGUAUGCACAUAUUGUGAUGUGUAAUUGUACAUACUAGCCUGUGAGUCAAUAUAAAAUGAACUUUGAGUAGUAGAGUCUGAAUGUAAUACAUUGAAUCAAUUAACCGAGUGGUAGCGUCCAUGUCGUCAUUUUUUUC